CUCGGAACCCAAAUCGAACCCUCGUCAACCCUGUUGCGGUGUCGUGCCUGGCUGAACGCCAUACGGAAAGCAGCUGGUCAUACUAACACAUACCGUACCCAGCUUCAAACCGCAUCCAGCUGUUGCUGUGCCUCCUUCAGCCAGCCAGCCUCGUCUUGGCCACGCAGUUCAACGGGUACACCCCACGCCGUUGUCAGAUCCCUAUUGAGAGAUCCACGGGUUUUCCAGAGGUGGGCAAAAAACACACAACGACCACCUGCGUGUGCGGCUCUGUCCCAGACACGGGCCAACUCCUGUUCCUGUCUGACUUCUCGCUCUUCACAAGCCCACCGAGGUCCGAGGUCUGGGACCCAGUCAGCGGAUUCCAAAGCAGCCACAAGAAUAGCAUCCAUACCAUCCCAUCAAGAUGAAGCUAGUCUCGCGCAAGGUCCCCAAGAAUCUCGAGGAGGAGACCGUGUCUCUCCUCCCCGAGGAUCCCGAAGAUAUGUGGCACGCAUACAACCUCAUCCUCCCUGGAGAUAUCAUCCACGCUCACGCCAUUCGGAAGGUCGUCACUACUUCCAACACGGGAAGCACGGCGUCUGAGCGCGUCCACACCGAGUUGGCCAUCAAAGUCAAGUCCACGUUCUUUGAUCCCGUCAUCUCAUCGCUCCGAGUCUCUGGCACUGUCACCGCCGAGAACCCCCAUGUCACUCUGGGCUCCCAUCACACGCUUGACCUUGAGGUUAACCGCCCCUUCACCAUCAUCAAGCCAGAUGGCUGGGACUCGAUCGCCAAAGCCACCCUCCAGGAGACCCUGUCGGAUGACAAGGACGGCGCCGUAGCAGCCGUCGUCAUGCAGGAAGGACUUGCCAACAUCUGCCUCAUCACCCAGUUCCGGACCGUCCUCAAGGUCCGUGUUGAGAGCGUGAUCCCCAAGAAGCGUGAUUUGGCGUCGGAUCAGGAUGCAGGUAUGCGUCGCUUCUAUGAGAAGACGCUGUCCACACUCCUGCGCACCAUGGACUUUACGCAGUCUCGACCUCUGCUGCUGGCUAGUCCAGGCUUUGUGGCUGGUGACUUUAAGCAGUACAUCGCCAACCAGGGACGAGACAAGGCCGACAAGGUCCUCACCGCCGUGGCCAAGCAGGCUACCGUGGUUCACGCCAACUCGGGUCAUGUCCACAGUCUCAAUGAGGUGCUCAAAAGCCCCGAGGUCCUAGCCAAGAUGAAGGACAUGAAAUUUGCUCGUGAAACUCAGUACGUGGACCAAUUCUUUGAUAUGCUCAAGCUGGAUGACGGCCGCGCCUGGUACGGCACCUCGGCUGUCCAGAAAGCCGUCGACGAUGGCGCAGUUGGACCAGGCGGUGGUGUCCUGUUGGUCAACAACUCGCUGUUCCGCAGUGAAGACCUCGCCACUCGCAAGAAGUAUGUUGCUAUGGUUGAGAAAGUCCGGAGUGACGGCGGCGAGGCAAGAAUCCUGAGCAGUGACCAUGAGAGCGGACAACGCUUGACCAUGCUUGGUGAUAUCGCCGCUAUUCUGAACUAUCCGAUGCUUGAUCUUGACGACGACGACGAUGCUGAUGAACAUGACGACGCUGAACCCGACAAGGAAAAUAAACAAGAGAUGCUAGAUAGUGUCAUAUAGUUUAGUAUUCAACUAA